GUGUCAUGUCAAAAUGUAAAUAAACUCAAACUACACCACGUUUUUUGGUGGAUUUUGAACUUUUGAAGCAGUUUUUGACCUUUACUAUUACGUUUUUCUGUUUAUUAUAAAAGAGUAAAUUAAUACAGCGCUUUGUUAAACAAAAAAAUGUUCAAAGUGCCAGACUGGGACGAUGUCCCUAAUAAUGAGCUUAGCUUCAAAAAAUAUAUAGGUCCGCCUCAGAAAAAACAGAAAAAUAAGAAAAAGCUGGAACAAGCUGUCCAAGUUAAGCCAAAAUUUAAAGCAAAAACUAAAUCUAAUUCUAAGCUAAAAUUAGUUAAUGGAGUACAAGAACUUAAGAAAACAGAAAAAACAAUCAAAUUUAAGAAAACUCCUUCACCAAUGCAAGUAAAAUUAUUGCAAAAAAAACAAAGCAAAGAUAUAAAAAUAAAAAGACAGGUUCCUGAUGACGAUAUCAAAAUAACAAAUUAUAAUAGUGAUAAACUGGAUGAAUUGAUACUUGAUGUCAAAAAGCAGAAACUUGACACAUAUAAAAAUGAUGAUAAUGAAGAUAUAUUAUUUCAAGAGAGCCCUAACAAUGGAAUUAAAAAAAAAGUAAAUCAAGAAAAGUCAAAAAAAGCUAUUGAUAAAACUAACAUUAAAAUGAAAAAAGUUACAAAACCUAAGCCUAAACUAGAACUUUCUUCUCCCAAUGAGGUUAAUGAAAAAAAUAUUAAAGAUGAAAAUAAAAUUAGUAAAAAGGAAAUAAACACAACAGAAAAUACAAUCAUCAAGAAUGUUAAGUCAAAAGAUUCAAAAAAGAAGAAACUUUUGAAAUCCAUUCUCCAGGUAGCAAGUUCAAGGAAUCAAAUAAAUGUUAGUGGAAAUAAAUUGAGAGAAAGAAUGCUGGAUAGGUUAAAAGCGGCUAAAUUCAGAUACUUAAAUGAGAAGCUCUAUACCUCGACUGGAUCUGAUGCUCAGAAGCUGUUCCAAGGUGACCCUGGCGCAUUCCAGACUUACCACGAGGGGUACCAGCAGCAGAUGAAGAAGUGGCCCGUCAAACCUCUCGACGUCAUUGUCAAGAGGAUACAGAAAAUGCCCAAAAGCCACGUGAUAGCGGACAUGGGGUGUGGUCAGGCGGAGCUGUCGCGGCGCGUGGCGCAGGCCGUGCGCUCGUUCGACCUGGUGGGCACGGCGCCGGGCGUGGAGGCGUGCGACAUGGCGCACACGCCGCUGCCGGCGCAGGCGGUGCACGUGGCCGUGUACUGCCUGGCGCUCAUGGGCACCGACCUCACGCAGUACCUCUUGGAAGCCAACAGAGUGCUUAAACCUGGCGGUCACCUGCUGAUAGCGGAGGUGGAGAGUCGGUUCCAGGACAUCAAUUCCUUCACUAGCGACGUGCAGCGACUCGGCUUCUCGCUCAAGAAGUUGGACGACACGCACAAAGUCUUCUACUUCCUCGAGUUCACCAAACAACGCGACCCACCGGUCAAGAAGGGGAAACUACCUAAUUUGACCUUGAAGCCUUGUAUAUAUAAGAAACGGUGAAAAUAAUAAAAUAUGAGACUUAA